AUGGCGUUGGCCAACCACUGUUCACCUCUCCGCUGUCAGUCACAUCAGUCACUCUACUGCCCCCCUCCUCACCAGCUGAAGGUUGCAGUAACAGAUAUAUCCGGCUCCACCGCCAAGUGGCUGAUCUGUCUCACCACCUGCACUCUGUCUAACAACCCCACUUACAUCUGGUACAAGAACGGAGAGCCUCUUCCUCAGCAGUCCCAGAUUACUCAGUAUUACAGAGUCCCAAAAGAGGAAGCAGGCAGCUACUCCUGCGCUGUAAGAGGACAUGAGGAUCUUCGCUCUCCUGCUGUCUGUGUUUCUGAUGAGAAGAGCUGCUGGAGUGUGACUUACUCCACCCAGAAUAUCUGCUCUCUGAUUGGCUCAUCAGUGGAGAUACAUAGUUAUUACACAUACCCUAAUAAUUACAAGGUCACUAAAGUGUUGUGGUUCAGUAAAGAGCAGGCUGAUGGUGAGGCUGUGGAUGUGAGAGAGGAUGAGGAGGAUCAGGGCCGAGUGCAGCACACACAGAGCUCCCAGAAUAACUGGAGUCUGAGAAUCACUAACCUGGGAGAGAGAGACGCUCAAACAUACAGAUUCAGAUUCUACACCAAUGGGGGUGAUUACACCGGCCAACCUGGAGUCUCUCUGUCUGUCACAGAUCUGAAGAUUAUGGUAUCAGACUCAGGUCGUGGACAAAAGACACUGAACUGUCUCACCACCUGCACUCUGUCUCACAACCCCACUUACAUCUGGAACAAGAACGGACGGCGUGUGUCUGAGUGUAAAUCUGCCUCCUGCUCUGUAGCUGCAGUCAGUGGUGCGGUCAGUUACAGCUGUGCUGUUGAAGGCCAUGACAGUCUCCUCUCUCCUCCAGUGUAUUCCCCUAAAAACACCAGAGCAGUGGUUCUUCCCUCUGGAGACACAGUGGAGGGGGAUUCAGUGACUCUGAGCUGUAGCAGUGAUGCAAACCCUCCUGUUCUCAUCUACUCCUGGUUUAAGCAAAAUGAAGCUGCAGACACACUGCUGACAACAGGCCAGAAUUACAGCAUCAGCAACAUCAACUCCCAGGACAGCGGACUGUACUACUGCACUGCUCUCAACCAGCUGGGACACGACAACUCUACACCAACACACCUGGAUGUGUUACUGUCAGAGAAAAGCCCGCGGUUAAUGUUUCUCAUGGUGGGACUGGCCGUCUUCUUGGCAGUAAUGCUCCUCGGUCUUCCUGCCGUUCUGUGCAUUAAGAGGAAGAGAAGAGCAGAGAGAGACACAGACGUUCAGCGUGUUCCAUCACCUGGAGAUGACACAUACACAGAACUGAACUCCAGGACGAUGUCCCCGGACUAUGACACACUGCAAAAUGUUAAAAGCUCUGUCAGUGAGACUUACACAACCCUGAACCCUGCAGCCAUGUCCUCUGAUUAUGACACGCUGACGAGUUUGGCUCGUUGACUCAGUGAGGAGAAGUACUCCAGAACUGAAGAAUGAUAACGAACAGUAGAUUUUGGUUAGUAAUGGGUGUGUAACGAUAUAUUGUGUGAUGAUAAAUCGUGAUACAAAUUUGAUGAUUCAAAUCAAUGAAAUAAAAAAUUAAUCAUUAUUAUUGUUAGGCUGCAAAAUCUCUUAGUUUUUCCAAGCUGUAAUUGCAUUGUUUAGACAACAGCGUGCACAAUAAUGUACAAUAGCGGGAAUACAGGUGACUUCAUUGUCGGUGGAAGUAACACAGCAGUAAUGCUGAAACACAC